GCCGGUGUUUCCGGAGCAACCGUGGGCCUAAAAUCUCCCGAUUGUCCGUCUAAUUAAAGAGUCGACAGAGGAGGAGACUCCCCCGGCCGGCGCAACGUCAUGGCGGACAUCAAGAACUUCCUGUACGCCUGGUGUGGGAAAAAGAAGCUGACUCCGGCCUACGACAUCCGAGCUGCCGGGAACAAAAACAGGCAGAAGUUCAUGUGUGAGGUUCGAGUCGACGGCCACAACUACAUCGGGAUGGGCAACUCCACCAACAAGAAGGACGCUCAGACCAACGCCGCCCGAGACUUCGUCAACUACCUGGUCCGCAUCGGGGAAAUGAGCGCGGCGGAGGUCCCAUCUCUGGGG